AUGGCUGCGAAGUCCCCCGGGUGCGGAAGCCGCUGCGACGGCGACGACAGCCAGCCACCCGCCACGAGAUGGAGCCUGGGACACAAGCAUACGACCAAGGGGAGGCACUGGAAGUCCGAGGACGCCUAGGGCCCCCCGAGGCCGCCGGGCGACCGCAGACCUGAUAGCUUUACCACUCCCAAAGGCCCUAAGCCCCAUUCUAGAUGUUCAGACUGGGCAAGUGCAGUCGAAGAAGAUGAAAUGAGGACUAGAGUUAACAACGAAAUUUCAAGAUAUAAAAGGAAACUCCUCAUAAAUGACUUUGGAAGGGAGAGAAAAUCAUCAUUAGGAAGUUCGGAUUCAAAGGAGUCUAUGUCAGCAUUGCCAGCUGACUUGGAGACCAAUGAAAGUGUCCUGAUGAGAAGACAGAAGCAGAUCGACUAUGGGAAGAACACCAUCGCCUACGAUCGCUAUAUUAAAGUCCCAAGGCACCUUCAACAGCCUGGCAUUCAUCCCAAAACCCCCAACAAAUUCAAGAAGUAUAGUCCACGAUCGUGGGACCAGCAGAUCAAACUCUGGAAGGUGGCUCUGCAUUUUUGGAAUCCUCCAGCGGAAGGAUGUGAUUUGCAAGAAAUACGUCCUGUUGACCUCGGGGAGAUGGAGAUGGAAUCCGCGGAGAGCAGCUCUGAGUCCCAGACGAGCUCUCAGGAUAACUUCGACAUGUACUGUGGCACACCCACGAAAGUUAGAAACGUGGACUGCCAGGCAGAGGACAAGUUUGACUUUAAAGCCUGUUUAACUGAACCCUUGAAAGACUUCUCAGCCAUGAGCUAA